GUAUGAAAAGUGCUAUACAAAUAAAGUUUGAUUGACUGAUUGAUUGAUUGAGCCCCAGGAUCAGUACUUUCUUUUCAGACCUUGGUGGAUUUGCUGCGUUUUUUUUCUGGUCAUUCAAGCGAACCAGUGUGCUUGAUCAAGUAGUGGCACAAAGACUUCCUGGAACUUCGACAACCAAGUGGAACUUCCACAGUUGUGCUGUUAACACUGUGUAUGAGCACAGGGAUGACCUCCUUCAGUGUUUCCAGACCAUCAGAGACUCUGGUGACUCUGAUGCUCUAAUUGUCAGAGAGGCUGGGGGCUUUGUGAGAAUGCUGGAAGAUGAGGAAUUCUGCUUUUUCCUGGCGUUGUUUCACAAGAUCAUGCCACACGUGGACAUGCUGUUUAACCAGCUGCAGAAGAGGAACAUCGACCCUGUCUACAUCACAGGAGUCAUCCAGAGGUUCACCGACCGCAUGCAAAACAUCAGGGACUCCAUUCCUUCUCUGGGUGAGGAAUACAGUGGAUCUGUGCAGCAGCAGCCCACAAAGAAAUGGACGACACUUGGACAAGGAGAACAGCAGCAGUUGGCUACAGAGGUAUGUGGUACCAUUCUGAGUCACACCAGAGAGCAGUUCUCUUUGACCAAGCACCUCAUCAGCAGUGGUGCACUGACUCUGUUCCAGUUUUUCAUGGAGAACAACCUUCAGGCCACAUUCACUGAGACUGUCAGUCUUCUCAAGAUUCUCAUCACCUCACCCAUGACAACAGCAGAAUCAGAGAGGUGCUUCUCUACUUUAAAGAGGAUCAAGACCUUCCUGAGGAACACCAUGACGCAGGAUCGCCUGAAUGCUCUGGCCAUGCUCUCCAUGGAGAAAAACCUUGUCAGAAACAUCCCUGACUUCAGUAAAAGGGUCAUUGAGAGCUUUGCCACUCAGAAGGACAGAAGGGCAAAGUUCCUGUACAAAUAGAUAUCAGACAUACACACACACACACACACACACACACAUAUUCCCUAGACCAAAUCUUUCUUUGUAUAUAGUUGACCUUUGCACAAUACAUCAUCCAGCAAUAUAUUGUUAUAUUGCACUUUAGAAAUGUCUAAUACUUUGUCUUAGUAGUGUGUUUUUACUAAUAUUAUUGUAUAUGUAAUCUGUUCAUCAUUUACUUGAUUGUUUAGUCUAUAAAAUGUUUUUUCAUUGACUCAUAUUAAACAUAUGAAAGAAGCAAAACUUAACAUUUGAUAAUCAAAAACAAAAAAAUGUUUGGAAUCUUACCUUGGAAAAUCACUCCAGCGCUGACAUUAUUAUCAAAAUUGUUGCAGAUAAUAUUUUUCUUGAUCGAGUAAUUGAAACAUUUAACAUUGUAACAUUUAGCUUGAUCAUAAAGUACUGUACAGUAUUCUUCCAGCCAAAGGUUUGAGUUCAGCCACUCUAUAUUCAUUUCUUUAUUAUACAUCCUUUAUAC